CGUUGGAGGAAAAGCAGGUCUCUCGAAUCAUAAAAUCUUCUGAUACAAGGAGAAGCCUCUGUGGGCGCAUGUUAUUUUUAUUAUUACACUCCACUAUAAGAAAAAAACAAACAUCAGUGUCGCUUUAUUGCCACUCGGUCGAGUUCAGAGAGCGAGUCGUAAUGACUCGGUCAUCUAAGGCAGGUGUGACUACCUCCAGCAAACGACUCAGCGUGUUUGAUUUCAGUGAAGAUGAUGGACGCAUUGAAACGGCGUCGAAGAAGUUGAUCAAUCGAUUUCGAAACCGUAAUGAUGAUAAUAAUAAUAAUAAUAAGAAUAAUUAUGUUAAGAGAAAACGCCACUCCUUUUUCUCUUCUUCUAUCGACAAGUAUAAAUUUCUCGAGUGCUUUGCAGGAUGGAACAAGGCUCCAGAAAGUGAGAGUAGAAAUGAACCAAUUGAUGUCGAUGAUGAACCAAUUGAUGUUGACACAGAUAGAGGAAUGACGGCUGAUUGUGAGGAAAUUGGCGUUGGAUUAGUAGAUAUUGAUGCUAAUAGUGCAGCCCAUUGUCACAAACUCACUGUUUCAUCUCCUAUCAGCAUGAUUCAGGAAGAUAGUGCUGUAAAGGAAAUCUCUGGUUUGGAUGUACAUGUGCUGUCUAGUUCUUCAAAAUAUGAGUUAUUGCAGAAUGUCCCGAGGGGUAUGAUUUCAGAUGAUGGUGACAAAAGUGGAAUGAGUUCUUCAUCGACUUCCAUCUGUAUGCUUGAAGAGAAUGAAGUUCCAUCAACUGAGCCAGAGACGGAGUAUUGUUCUCUUGGACAUAAAAUUGAUAUCUUAAACAAUGCAGUUGUUGUUUUCCCUGAUUUUAUCCUAUAUGGGGACAUAAAUGGUACCGAGUCUUGCUUAACUUUCUCAAGCAGCCACAUCAGAGUUGAGGGUCUAACUAUAAAUGGAUCCAAGGGGUCAUUUAAUGCCGAAUGGGCUAUUGCUGAUAUUGUUAGUAUCGAGUCUGAAUGGUGUGGGAGGGUUGAAACUGCUAUGAUCAAACUUCAUCUUAAACCAAAUGUUUCUGAGAGUGUGGGAAAUUCAAAUGAAUCUUCAGGCAUUGACGAGUUGAAGGUUUCAGUGUAUGAUCCUUGUUGGUCCGAAGGACAAGAAGCAAUCAAAUCAUUGGAUGUCAGAUACAGAGAUAUCUGGAAUGUUAUUAUUGACAGUGAUCAGGAAAAGGAUGACAAGGCUUUUGCAGAAUCCUACAGUGUGGCCUUUCCAAAGCCAUUUCUUCAUGUUCUUGAUGAGACCUUUGAAGAUGUUAUUUAUCCAGAAGGGGAUCCUGAUGCUGUUUCAAUUAGUAAGAGAGAUGUUGAGCUUCUCCGGCCAGAGACAUUCAUCAAUGAUACCAUCAUUGACUUCUAUAUAAAAUUUUUAAAGAAUAAAAUUCAACCAGAGGACCAGCAUAGGUACCACUUCUUCAAUAGUUUUUUCUUUCGGAAGCUUGCUGAUCUAGAUAAGGAUCCAUCUGGUGCAUGUGAGGGCAGGGCUGCAUUUCAACGUGUUCGUAAGUGGACUAAAAAAGUUAAUCUGUUUGAGAAGGAUUUCAUAUUCAUUCCUGUAAAUUAUAGUCUUCACUGGAGUUUGAUAGUCAUUUGUCAUCCGGGUGAAGUGGCUCACUUCAGAGAUGAAGAAUGUGAAAUUGCACCUAAAGUACCAUGCAUCUUGCACAUGGAUUCUAUUAGAGGAAGUCACAGGGGUCUCAAGAAUCUCAUUCAAAGUUACCUAUGUGAAGAGUGGAAAGAGAGGCAUAGUGAGAUUCUGGAUGAUGCAUCUUCAAAGUUCUCAUGUUUACGGUUUGUUCCACUUGAGCUGCCACAGCAGGAAAAUUCAUUUGAUUGCGGUCUCUUCUUGCUCCAUUAUGUGGAACUAUUUCUUGAGGGUGUUCCUAUUAACUUCAGCCCUUUUAAGAUAACAGAAUCCUCGAACUUUCUUAACAGGAAUUGGUUUCCACCCCUAGAGGCUUCUUUGAAAAGGUCACGCAUCAAGAAGUUAAUUUGUGAAAUUCUUGAAGCUCGGUCGCAGAAAGCUCCUCAAGGGGAGUCCAAUGCCAAAAAUACUUGUUCCCAAUUUUUUGAUACUGAUGAACAAGGAACUGGAAAAGAGUAUCUUGAGAAGACAUGCAGUUUGGUAAAAAUGUAUCAAGGUGAUUCUUCAAGUCCUAAUACUGAUCUGCGAAUUUCACUUCCAUCGGUAUAUUGUCAGAGAGUGGUGCAGCAACAAAUUAAAGAACCAGGACUGCACACCAGGGAGUUGUUCGAGCCAGGAACUAGUGUGAGAGCAUCCGGUGAUAAUUACUUAGAGAUGGAAGCAUGUCGUCCAGGUUAUAUGUCGCCAAUACAGGAGGUAGAGGAAUCUGUUGAACGGAUCUCUGAUUCAUCUUCAGACCCUGAAUAUCAUUGCCAGUACGACACUUCAUAUUUUCGCAAAGAUUUUAAAUCUUUUGAAACAUCCUGGGAACAUAAUGGUUCACUGAUGGAACUUUAUGACGCCGACACUGAUGAUGAUUGGAGUUCUGGAAUAUCUAGCAGUGAUUCUCAGAAAUCAUCAGAAAUAGGUGUAGAUGAGAAUCAUCUGCAUCAGGAAUCUUCAACCCCAUUUGAGGACCUUGAAACUUGUGUAGUUGAAGACUCUGAAGAAGCAGAUUGGACGCAUAAAGGAAAUGACUCUACCCCAAAUAAUGGAGAGUUUGGAUCAGUGGAUAAAAUCGUCAGAAAGCAUGAUGUGCCCGUGGGCAAUGAUAAUUUGAUGUCAGAAUCAGAUGAACAGGCUGCAAAAAGCCCAAAGUUUAUUUCUCCUGAAGGUUGAGCCUGUUGGAACGUUUUUGUAGAUAUGUAAAUAGCAAAUAUAUUUUCCAAAAAUACAUUUGGUGAAGGCCUUGUAAUUAGGGAAAGAAAAAAGCAACAUAUAGCUUAUUACACUUACAGGUAGGCAGAUGGAAUAUAAGUGUGCAGGGAAAAUGGGGAUAAUACCCUUAAAAGAUAGAUCGUACGCGAAAGAAGCUGAAGAAAAUUCCUUUUGCAAAUGGGAAAAAAUGUUCUUGACAAGUUUCUUUCUGUUAUAUCCGAGUCAAUUUUCUUUUCA